AUGGCAGAUAAAUCUCUCCACAGUAGCGCGAAGCAGAGAGUUAGGUGCAACAGAGAUCGACACCCACAUUGUAAAGAAAAAGGAAACCAAACAGAAAAUGGGAACAAAUCGUGGCACAUUAGCAAGGACACCUUUUCUCUUUUUUCUCGUUUUGCUCAUCUUCUAAAGCGCCAUUCUCCUUUUGAAUUUGAAGGUGGAAAGGAGGAUGGAGCAGAAGUCCAAAAAGAGCGUUCUGGACCACCGAAUCAACGUGGCAGCACCACCCACGUGGGUAUACAACCAGAGUUGUCACAAUAUAUAUUAGAAUAG